AUGGCUCUGCGGCCAUGGACCACUGCAACGAGAUGUCUGCGAAGGCAACGCUCGACCUUUUUGAAUCAACAUGGAUCUACCCAGACACGUGAGAAAACCUUCCAGCCCCAUCAUACAUUGUCACGUCCGCUAGCUCCUUCACAUACCACUCUCUCAGCCCUCGUUGCUGCUGGCGCGCAUUUCGGACACACAACCUCAUUAAUGAAUCCCAACUUUCUACCGUACUCAUUCGGCACUCGUGCCGGUCUCACCAUCAUCGACCUUGAACAGACCUUGCCGCUUCUACGACGUGCCGCCAGUCUUGUACGCGCAGUUGCACAACGCAACGGCACAAUAAUCUUCGUGGGCACCCGCCCUGACCUGCAGGACACAAUACAAAGGGCGUCGGAGAGACUUGGGCCACAGGGAUAUCACAUUGGAGAACGAUGGCUCCCCGGAGCCCUUACGAAUAGGAACCAGCUUUUCCAGGAGGAGAGUCACCAGUACCGCUUGACACCCGACCUUGUCGUCUUCCUCAACCCCUUGGCCAACAUGAACGCAAUACGCGAGUGUGCUAUUCAGCACGUUCCGACAACCGGUAUCAUUGAUUCCAACGCGGAUCCUCGCAUUGUCAUGUAUCCCAUACCUGCAAACGAUGAUAGCCCCCGCACGGCCCAAAUAAUAGCUGGCGUUUUAAGUGUGGCAGGAAGAGAUGGCGUCGUGGCACGGGGAGAGGACCAAAAAACUUAUCAACAUCAGGCACACAGGAUAUUGAUCAAGCAAGCUUUAACUGGCGAAGGAAAUUCGUGA